AUGUAUUGCAAAGCAGCCUGCUUUGGCGACACUCUACGGCAGGCGCGGAUCAUAAACGAGAAGGACCCAAAAGAGCAGAAGAAGCUGGGCAAGGGCACAGUGGACUUCGAGGAUACGAGGUGGGACGAAGUCAAGAGCCGGGUCGUGGAAAUGGGGAAUGUUGCCAAAUUUGACCAAAACCCGCAUCUAAAGGCGGUGCUGAUGGCUACCGGUAACAAAUUGUUGGUCGAGGCGGCGAGCCGUGAUCGCGUAUGGGGGAUCGGAUACACCGAAAAGAACGCCAUGGCCAAUCGGGAAAACUGGGGUGAAAAUCGGCUGGGCAAAGCCCUCAUGGAGGCCAGAAGACAUCUUCGAGAAGGAAACCGCCCGGAAAAUAAUAGCGUUAACGACGAACAUGAGGAACUGGAGGAAACAGAGAACGAAAACGAAGCAGGGAGCUGA